UGUUACUCGCUCACUCUCGUGCUAACUGUAACAGCGGUGUUUACACCAAAGAACGUUAACGUUCGAGCAUGCAAGACAGGAAGUCACCGGUUCCUAAAUACAGAAUGGCAGCUUGAAGCAGUUGCACUGGUGGACCACUCACAGAACAGAGAGCUGUCAAUGGGCAAAAGAAUGACUAGCUGCUUUUUUUUUUUUUUUUUUUUUUUUUUUUUUUUUUUAAUGUUUUCGUAUUUUAUGAGGCUUUGAUAGUACAAAACAUCAAAGAUGUCUGUUGUCUUUUUUAGUGCAUGUUCUUUGGCAACGUUUUUACAUCCCACAGCACACUUUUUUGGGAUUUCUUGAAAGCCAAGACUUAAACAAAUGGCUCUCUAUUUUAGGUACCCACGAAAAUACCCUGAAAGAACCUUUUUUUUUUUUUUUUUUUUUUUUUUUUUUUUCUGUGAAAGGCUCACUCUUCGUAAUUUUCAAAGCAAUAGAGCCUGAUGUGUGUUUUGAGUCAGGAACCCAAAAGUGAGGGCAGCCAAUACUAUGAAGCAUUCUGAAAACCCUUGUCAAGAGUAUGCAAGAUUGUGAACUGGAAUCUUUGCAGAUUUAGGGAGUCAGACUGAAGAAUAAUAAAGUGACUGUCAUCAUGACAACCAUAAGACAGAGAAAGGGUGGAAAAGUCCCAGAAGCAGAUGAAGAUCAGCCUUCAGAGGAGAAGAACGUGAAUUCUGAGGGAAAAAUUCUGUCUGAUCAUACAGGUGGAAAGCUGUGGAAUAUACUCUCACUAACUGUUGGUGGAAUUGUUGCCAUCUUUCUUGGACUUCUUACUUCUGUUUAUGUUGCUACACUGCAUGAAAAUGACCUGUGGUUUUCCAAUAUUAAGGAAGUUGAAAGAGAAAUUUCAUUCCGAACAGAAUGUGGACUUUAUUAUUCCUACUACAAACAGAUGAUUCAGGCUGCUUCCAUCCAGCAAGGUUUACAUGGUUUAGUAUAUGACAAUAAAACUGAAUCUGUGAGGACAAUUAACAUACUUGAAAGAAUGAAUGUUUACCAGGAGGUGUUUCUCAGCAUUCUGUAUAGGAUUCUUCCAAUUCAGCAAUACCUAGAGCCUGUUUAUUUUUAUAUCUACACUUUGUUUGGACUUCAGGCAGUUUAUGUCAUUGCUCUGUAUGUAACAAGCUGGCUUCUUAGUGGAACAUGGCUUUCAGGGUUAUUGGCAGCUUGCUGGUAUAUUACCAACAGAAUAGAUACUACAAGAGUAGAAUUCACCAUUCCCUUGAGAGAAAACUGGGCCCUGCCAUUCUUUGCGGUUCAGAUAGCAGCCAUCACAUACCUAUUCAGAAGUCAUUUGCAGCCAGCUCAAGAAAGAUUGACGCUUCUGGGUGUAUUUGUAGCAACCUUCCUCUUUAGCUUGACUUGGCAAUUUAAUCAGUUUAUGAUGCUGAUACAAGCAUUGGCAUUAUUCAUACUGGACUGCUUUGACAUACUUCCCACAGCAAAGGUUACGUGGCUCUAUAUCAUCCAAAUUUCUGGAUUACUGCUAGUCUGUGCCCUACAGUUCUUUAACUCAAUGAUUCUUGGAUCAUUACUUAUAAGCUUUAAUGCUUCUAUCUUGAUAGCAAGAACAAUCCAGAAAAACCUAAAAAAGGGCAGCUUGCUUAAUAGGCUUCGGAAACUUAUCCUCCAUGCACUAUUAGUGUCAAGCUUGACUCUUCUAGUAAAUAAAUUUAUCAAGAAAAUUCUUAAUCUUGAGUCAGAUGAACAUAUAUUCAAAUUCCUCAAAGCAAAAUUUGGAUUUGGAGCAACAAGCUGUUCAAAUCAAGCCCUCGAAAAAAUGGAAGAAUGCACUGUAUCACUGAAGCCUGAUGCUGCUUACAACUUAAUUCACACCGUUCUGUUUGGAUGUCUGGCAUUAAGCACAAUGAGAAUGAAGUACCUCUGGACAUCCCACAUGUGUGUAUUUGCAUCUUUUGGUCUGUGUAGUACCGAAGUGUGGCGACUUAUCUUGAAAUGUGCUCAUCUCUACACAUCACAGCGGACACAAGUGAUUAAAUAUUUGAUACCAAUAAUUACAUUACUAUACAUUUUAUAUAAGUUCUGGCCAGGAAUAAUGGAUGAACUGUUAGAGCUCAGAGAAUUCUAUGACCCAGACACUGUGGAGCUGAUGAACUGGAUUAAGUCAAAUACUCCUAACACAGCAGUGUUUGCUGGAAGCAUGCAGCUAUUAGCUGGAGUCAAACUGUGCACUGGACGGACAUUAACUAAUCAUCCCCAUUAUGAGGAUAAGCAUCUGAGAGAGAGAACAAAACAGAUUUAUCAGAUCUAUGCCAAGAGGUCUCCUGAAGAUGUUUACAGAAUAUUGCGAUCCUUCAGCACAGACUAUGUGAUCCUAGAAGACAGCAUUUGUUAUGAAAGAAGACACAGUAGAGGCUGUCGGUUGCGUGACCUACUAGAUAUAGCAAAUGGUCACAUCAUGGAUGGUUUGGGAGAGAAUGAGCCGGAUUUGAAGCCUUCGCUGUAUCCUCGCUUCUGUGAGGAAAUUAAAAAAAAUCUGCCUUCUUAUACUAUACACUUCACUAGAGUGUUUCAAAACAAAACAUUCCAUGUUUACAAACUUGCUAAGCAUAAAUAACAUUACCAACAAUGGCUUCAAGUUCAGUAUUUUAAUGCUAGGACCCACGUAAGAAAAUGCUGAAAUUUACAAACAUUUUACGUUUGUAAGACAUUUUACAGGAUGGUUUCUUGCUAAUUACUGCAGUUCUUUUUUUUAUUUGUUUGGGUUUUUUUUAAAGACAGUUUUAGUUUUGAUAAUCUUUUUGAUGUUGCCAAAAUUUUCAUAGAUUCAUAAAUAAAUGCUAUCUGGGACCAUUUUGAUUAUAAAACCUGACCUGCUGAAUACAUAGGAUAUAACUGUUUUCCAGCUGUAACCAGUUUAAAGACACACAAAACAAGCAGCAUGCAUGACCGCUGCAGCCUAUGCAGAUCUGCUCAGUGCUGUGCAUUUUUACUACAAAAUGAUAGAAAUUCAACAAAAGCAGGUCAUGCUAUUCUAUACUGAAGAUGUAUUAUCUACGUGAGUCUUUAAAAUGUUAUAAAAAGAAAAAACAGUUUAAUCUUACAAAUCUGAUCUAUUCCGACAGGUCUCGUAUGCUCUUUCAGUGCCUCUCUUUUGAAUUCAUUGGGAAUGUAUAUGGAUAUGAGUUUCCAAGUUUGUGAGUGUGAUUGCAGAAAUUAUUGUCCUACAUUUUUAGUGAGACAGAAACACACUAUUUUAUAAUGUGAAGCAUUUAAUGAUGGAGUGUCGUAUUUCUGAUGAAAAUUGAGGUCGGAGCAUGCUUGAUACAUGUUGCAUGUAUCCCUGUAAAAUAUCCUUUUAGAAUGCUCAGGACAAACAAAGAACAAAUUUCUCAGCUAGGACUCUCGCUUUAUUUUCUCUAUUUGCUCUCUGAACUAUAAAGGAUCUAUUUCCCCCCACAUGAAUUCCAGAAGUAGGGUACCAAAAUUGAACAGUGCCAACUUCACAAAAAAAAAUUAACCCCUAAAAUUGACAGGAUCUUUCUGGCAUUAGAGCUUUGAUUUACUUUAUUCCAGAUGCAAAGCUGUUAAUUUUGUUGAAAAAAAUCACCGUAUCAAUGCCCUCUAGGCUAAGAGACAGACUACAGUUACUUAAAAUACAUUUGGAAGAUGAAAUGAAGGCAGUCCUCAAUCCUGAGAUUUUGUGAUUUGUUUGUAGCCUUUGUCUUUUUACCAGACAAGAAAUUUGCAGACUGUAUUGACUUUUUAAAUGCUAUGUAGAUGAUGUGUCACUUUUACUGUGUUUUAGCACUGCUUUGGUUUUAUAUUAAAAUUAGUGAUUAAGUCUAAUUGGAAGUGUAACAAUACUCUCCAACUUUAAUUAGAUAUCCACUAGGAUCAUUUAUUUCUUACAAAAAACAGAAUUGUAAUAAUCAAGUGCCUCUAGGCCAAUGUUGAAUUAACAUUUGAACACCUAUAAGAGUGUUUGUGGCCUGUGCAAAUAACUCUGUUAUAAUAAUUACCAAUGCAAUUAAUUUCUAAUGAUGGGAAACUUAAAGUGCUACUGAUAGCAAACUCCACUUAAUUUAAUCAAGAUGUGUAAUGAGAUUAGCUUUCACAACUGAGUUGUGUUCCAAUUCCAAAUGAUUUAAAUGUUUUUCCUUUUCAGUUGUACAAAGGUAAAUUACUGCAGAGAUGGAGAUAGUUCUGUCACAUGCUCAAACAGUUUUAUAUUCAGUAAAUACUCAUUAAACAAUGUUGAACAUCUCUCUGUACUUCCAUGCUGACACAAAAGGAAAGCAUACUUUAAUCAGACUGUAUUUAAAUCAAACAUUGACAGUGGCUAGGUUGUUAAACUGAGCAACUGAAACUCCUGAAUAAUUUCUGUUCUGUAUCCCUUAAUGAGGUUGGAGACCACUGCAGAUUAACAUAAUACAAUAAUAAAACAUUUUAAUCAGUAUUAAAACUUUAAUUAGGCCUGUAAUGAUGCAUGCCUGUUCUUGCUGAAAGCAUGGGUCAGUGAAUUCCUCAGUGAGUGCCUUACAGUAAUUGAAAACAAGCACAUGUAAGGUAAAAUAUAUCCAGACUGAACUGUCUUGUUUUAAAAAUGUGGUUGUACCUUUCUUUAAAGGUGCAGUAACUUUCUUCUGAUUGAAAUGAGAGAUUUGAAGCUCCUGUGGUACCUCAGGAUUCUCACAAUUUAUUCGUUGCUAACAGCUGAAACUAAGAAGUCCAGACUAUAACAAUAAGUAUUUUUAAAUAGAUUCCUUUUCUUCAAUAGCACAGCAUCUAAUUUAGCUAAAGAAGAAAUUUAACCUUUUUGUAGAAAAUACCAAGUGGUUUUGUUUUUUAAAAAUGUAAAAAGCAAAAGCCAGGCAUGAAACCCAUAUCUUCCCUGAUGCAGAGCUACCACAGUAACACGACUUCUGCUCCUAAUACAAACGUCCCCCUAAAUUAGCGCAAAAGAACUUGAAGCAUUAGAGAGAUACCAAACAUUUUUGAGAAUUUUUGCAUUUAGCAAAUAACUCCAACAGCUUCUGUACCUGAAUCAUGUAAGAUAAGAUGGAAGUGCACACUUAAAUAACCACAUAGUAAAGCAGUUAGAAGACCAAUCUUACAACAGCAAUGUAGAAAAUGCCAAGAAACAAAAGCACCUACCUGUUCCAAGGAAAGGCACGCUCAUCAGCACAGCUCUCAGAAGCAGCAAGCAGCUGCUCUCCUGGUCGACUUUAAAGGCUCGCCAGCAGCAAGGCAUGCUAGGGAGGCUGUUGGUCAAGGCUUUGGGCUGGGACACAGGUGAUACAAAGGGCUACAUUUUGUAUUCCUGGAGGCUGGGUGCAAGUACUGAAGACCUCCAGGAGGCAUGUUUGUCUGGCUGAUUGCUUCCACUUCUUGAGUCUUACUAUGAAAUACUGCAUUUAAAUGUGCAAUUUUUUAAUUUUUUUUGUUGUAUGACUUCAUCUGUUCCUGAACCACGUUAUCCUUAUGCACCUUUUUUCCAAGUGGCUGUUGUGGCAUUGUUGUUUUGUCAUAUUAAAUACAAUGCACACCCAAGAAUGCACUGUGCUUACAAAAAUCUUACAAAUAAUUGGCUAUAUGAAUGACACCAUCCUUUCUUGUCUGCAUUACCUUCUGUUAGGAGGGACUGCUAAGCUGUGCACUAUCACUGGAAUGGUAGGCACUGAAUAACCUAUUUUAAAUCACAGAGACAAAAUGUUAUCAUGUAGCCAGGAUGUUUUUAGGGGAGAAAAACCCUUAGGUCUGUAAGUAUAUUUUCAUUUUGUGUUUCAAAGUUCUGUUAGUGUGAUCUAACAUAUAGUUAUUUUAUAUGUUGUAAAGGAAUGUGUGUACUAAAUAAAUUGUGUGAUUUGAA